AUGACGACCCUGGACAUCUGGGGCCCCACCUUAUUUGUUAACUCGCUUUCGACGUACUCGCUUUCUCCUACAUUCUGCCUAACUCUUGAUCCGGGCUUGGCUACAUCUAGUCUGGGGAGAAACGCGGAGUGCCAGUGCCAGUGCCAGUUCCAGGUCUGGUUCAUUGCUCAUGCUCAUGCUCAGCUGGAUCCAUUCGGGUGA